AGAGCGGCCCGGAAGUGCCCGGCUGAAGUGGCCGGGCGCUGAUUGGUGUCUUUGAGUCUAGUCUUUGUUCGGGGCUGUCCAAAGGACGCUAGCUAUUGCACCUGUUCCUCCCCGCGCAUAAGAUAGAGGAUAAAUCUCCUGACAAAGCCCAUAAUGACCACAGCCCUGGAACCUGAGGAACAAAAAGGACUUCCAAUAAUUAAGGCAGAAGACCAUUACUGGGGACAGGAUUCCAGCUCACCAAAAUGCAGUCCUCACAGGAGGGAACUCUGUAGACAGCACUUCAGGAAGCUGUGCUAUCAGGAUGCACCUGGACCCCGUGAAGCUCUUACCCAGCUGUGGGAGCUCUGCCGUCAGUGGUUGAGGCCAGAAUGCCACACCAAGGAGCAGAUUUUAGACCUGCUGGUGCUAGAACAGUUCCUGAGCAUUCUUCCUAAAGACCUGCAAGCAUGGGUGCAGGCACACCAUCCAGAGACUGGAGAGGAGGCAGUGACUGUGCUGGAGGAUCUGGAGAGAGAGCUUGAUGAACCUGGAAAGCAGGUCCCAGGCAAUUCAGAAAGACAGGACAUACUCAUGGACAAGUUGGCCCCCUUGGGAAGGCCAUAUGAAUCACUGACUGUCCAGCUCUAUCCCAAGACGACCCAACUGGAGCAGGAAGCUGGGAAACCACAAAGGAAUGGUGAUAAAACUAGGACUAAGAAUGAAGAGUUGUUCCAGAAGGAAGAUAUGCCCAAAGACAAGGAAUUCCUUGGGGAGAUAAAUGACAGACUGAACAAAGAUACUCCUCAGCAUCCCAAGUCCAAAGAUAUUAUGGAAAAUGAGGGCGGAUCAGAAUGGCAACAGAGGGAAAGAAGACGAUAUAAAUGUGAUGAAUGUGGGAAAAGUUUCAGUCAUAGCUCAGACCUUAGUAAACACAGGAGAACUCACACUGGAGAGAAGCCCUAUAAAUGUGAUGAGUGUGGAAAAGCCUUCAUUCAGCGCUCACAUCUCAUUGGACAUCAUAGAGUACACACUGGAGUAAAACCCUAUAAAUGUAAAGAAUGUGGGAAGGAUUUCAGUGGGCGCACAGGUCUUAUUCAACAUCAGAGAAUCCACACAGGUGAAAAACCCUAUGAAUGUGAUGAGUGUGGAAGACCUUUCCGAGUAAGUUCAGCUCUUAUUAGACAUCAAAGAAUUCAUACAGCAAAUAAACUCUACUAAUAUGGUAGUGAUAUCAAAAGUUCUUUAGACACUCAGGCCUAACUAGUUAUCAGAGAAUCUAAUUUAGAAACCUUGAGUUUCCUCAAUGUGGUCAAAGCUUCAGUCAUCAUUAAACUACUCUGGCACCAAAGAAUCUA